UCUAUAAAGCGAGGCUUAUCGGCACGAAAUUGGACUUUAAAAUCACUUCCAAGUAUGACAGUUAUAUGAGCCCUGCUAGUUCAGCAAAGUUCGACCGCUAUCGUGACCAUCAGGCAGUUUCUCGCGUAGUUUGCUUUAUCGCAACUAACGGCUAACUUAUAGCUGCGUUUCUUUUGUUUAUGUUCACAAAGUGGGGUUGACAGCGUCUGUCCCAAUUGAUUGCACACUGUCUAGCACACUAGUAGCCUACUGUCGGAGUAUACGCGAUGUCUAUUUCUAGAUCGAAGGUAGCAGCAGGACUUGUCAUUUCAGGAAUCUUGACAUUUACUUUUGGGGUGGUUAUUGUGUUCGUAGGACCGAAAAUAAUCGACGAUCAGAUAAUUAAGAAUGUGGAGAUCAAUCCCAAUAAUGAACUGUCCUACACCAUAUGGAAGGACGUCCCAGUGCCUUUUUUCAUGUCGGUGUACUUCUUCAAUGUCCUUAACCCCAGUGAGAUACUUGCGGGAGAGAAACCAAUGCUGGAGCAGCGAGGUCCUUAUGUCUACAAGGAAUAUCGUCAGAAGGAAAACAUCACAUUCCAUCCCAACAAGACCGUUACAUACCUGGAGUACCGUCAGUACCACUUCAUGAGAAAUAUGUCUGUGGGGAACGAGUCCGAUGUGGCAACCAUCCCUAACAUGCUGGUUCUGGGUGCUGCAGUUAUGAUGGAGAACAUGCCGUAUGCAGUGCGGUUGCUGAUGAGCGCCACGUUCAAGGCCUUCGGUGAGGGUGCCUUCCUGACCAAGCCGGUGGGUGAGCUGAUGUGGGGCUAUGACAGCAAGCUGGUGGACUUCCUAAACACCUACCUCCCCGGCCUGAUGCCCUCCAGUGGCAAGUUUGGCCUUUUCGCUGAAUUUAACAACUCCAACACGGGACUGUUCACCGUGUUCACCGGUGAGGGCGACAUCAGGAAUGCCCAUAAAGUGGACUCUUGGAAUGGCUUGAAAGAGGUGAACUACUGGAGGACUGAGCAGUGCAACAUGAUAAAUGGAACAGCAGGUCAGAUGUGGCCCCCCUUCAUGACCACGGAGUCCACACUGCCCUUCUACAGUCCAGAUGCAUGCAGGUCGAUGGAGCUGGUCUACCAGAGGCCAGGAGUGGUGGACGGGAUCCCCGUGUACCGCUUUGUGGCACCAACAACGCUCUUCGCCAACGGCUCUGACUACCCGCCCAACGAGGGCUUCUGUCCCUGCAGGCAGUCGGGCAUCCUGAACGUGAGCAGCUGUAGGAACGGCGCCCCGGCCUUCAUCUCACACCCGCACUUCUACAACGCCGACCCCGUAUUGCGGAGCUUCGUCCUCGGGCUGAACCCCAACGAAGAAGACCAUGGCCUCUUCAUCGACAUCCAUCCAGGAACUGGUGUGCCUAUAAAUGUGUCCAUCCGGCUGCAGCUCAACCUGUACAUGAAGAAAAUUUCGGGUAUCACAGAAACGGGCAAGAUGUCUGAGGUGGUCAUGCCCAUGAUCUGGUUUGAAGAGAGAGGGUACAUCGACGGCGAUGCGCAAAAAACCUUCUACACCAACCUGGUGGUGCUGCCCGCUGUGAUGGAGUACAUGCAGUACACCUUCAUCGGGCUGGGCCUCUUACUCGCCACCACAGGGGCCAUUCUCCUGGGACAACACAGGAAGAAGAGAGGUUCUGAGAAGGCCCAGCUGCCCCACCCAGACACAGACCCAAGGACCUCCACGAUCGGGAAAGACCCUUUACUGCUGGGCGGCACGGACUGAGACUGGCAGCCUAUCGCAGCCCUUGCACGCCUGUGCCUGCUCCGCCCAUCCACGCCCAACCGCCCCCCUCGCUCUGUCGGGCUUCCCCACUAACACCCCUCCCUUCCUGUCGCUGCUGCUGCUGAGAAGUCCAUGCAUUUUGGAGCCCAGGUCAGCUGGGUGGCCGUUUGUGCGGCCACAGAGGGUGGGAGAACAGAGGUUUCAGACACCCACACCCCCACUCCCCCCCAAACGUCAGACCUCCAGAGCAGGUAUCACUCCAACCACAUCGUAGGAUCUGGAUUUGGUGCCACACUUACUGCUCAGUCACAUCCAAGUAUCCAUUCAUCUCCAAUCUUUAGAGAAAUGUGAAGGAAUAUGUAUAUAUACAAUGUACAUAUACAGUGUACAUGUAUAUAUAUAUAUUUUUUUUUAUGAGCGAAUAUUCCAGGAGCACAGUAGUUUUCAGACUGUUGUGUGGACUGCCUGGUCAGGUGUGUGUUAUGAUUGAAGAAGAAGAAGAUCCAGAAGAAAUUGAAAGCAUGUUGGAAGCAUCAUGGUACUGAUGAGAACACCAGACCUUGGGCAAUGUGAAUUUCUUCUUUGGGGCAAUAUGUAAUAUAGUUUAAUUAUACAGUAUCAUGAUGUGGUCCAUGAACAUUUCCAAUUAUUUGCCAACUGGAUACUUUUUGUCUUUACAUUUUUUUAAAUACCUCGCCUCAAUUUAAAUGUCUGUUAAAAGAAGUAGGAAAAAAUGGGUUUCAUUGCAUUGCAAAACUUCAUAAACACUAGUUUUACAAUGUUCAUGAAAACAUUGGGACAUGAUGUGCCUUUUGAGAGUAAAUAAUAUAUGUUGUUUGUUAAUUGUAGAACUUUGUAGAAGUUAGUCCACUUUUUUUUUUCUAGACCAAUAUACACACCAUACGGUUCUCUGAAAGACGUGCUCUUUGGUUGUCAGCUACCGUCUGAUGAAUUUUAACAAAAUUAAGAGGUAAAAUUGCAUCCAGUGCACCUACCUUUAGUAGUGGUCAGGUGGGGGAAUCCCUACAUUAUCCUAUGCUGUGAAGUCUGGGAAUUGAAUCCAAACAGUGGGAUGUUUCAUAUCCCACAAUGCACUGCUGCCACUGCCCGUCUGUUUAAUAGGCGGUACUGUAGGUUCUGUUUGACAGAUGGCUCCAUGGGAUCAAUACAAAGAGGCACAUAGUCUACCACCGAACACUAUCGGCACCUGAUUGGAAAACACUGCGUUUGUUUGUUUUGGUGAAACGGAACAUAUUAUUCCUCCUAAACAGUUUGCGGGAAAUAAGUGAUGCAUUCGCACAAUCUUGAUUUUAUAUUUCAUAUUUCAUAUGCAACACCUAGCUCACCUUUUGUGAGCCGGGUGAGCUGCGCUGGACGCAGGUGAUUUACGAGGGCGGCCUGUAGCGUAGUGGUUAAGGUAAAAGACUGGGACACGCAAGGUCUAAUCCCGGUGUAGCCACAAUAAGAUCCGCACAGCCGCUGGGCCCUUGAGCAAGGCCCUUAACCCUGCAUUGCUCCAGGGGAGGAUUGUCUCCUGUUUAGUCUAAUCAACUGUACGUCGCUCUGGAUAAGAGCGUCUGCCAAAUGCCAAUAAUGUAAUGUAAUGUAAUCACGAUAUACAAAUACAGAACCGCCUCGCGUUGCAUUUGGUGUGCGAGUACCUUCAGUGUUCCAUACACCCACCAGGUUCUCUGCUCUCUGUGGGUCUGCAGCUGUCGGCCUAGUGUUGGGCACCACUCACAACUCCCUCUCCAUACCAUUCAUUGGUGCUGAUGGGGCAGGACUUUCAGACCACUUUCUGUACUGUCUGGCCCGUCCCAUCUCAACUGUCCAGAUGGGCCUGGUCAUCUCAAUUUGAACAAGGAACUGCAUUUGACCUUGUUUUUGCAUUGUGGCUUUAUUGGUUUACAGUACUAUACUGUAUUUCUCUACCUUCAUGUACUUCCCUAGACUUUGAUUGCAGAUGAUCAGAUGUCUGGUAUUUGACUCCUAAUCGGUUGUGUUCGUUAAGGAUAUUGCAGCUGUACUGUGUGCAUGAGUUGAGUAGUGGUUAGGCAGUUUUUGUUUGGAGUUUGGACUGUAAUGACUGUCAUCUGAAAUUGUGUGCAAAGAGACAUGAAGCAGACUUCUUUGGAUGGUGCGGAUAGUCCCAGGGAACAGAAAUUAAUUUUUAAGAUGAGCUAAUUCGAGCUUGUAAAUGAAAGCAGUGUUUGUUUUUGGGUUCAAUCCGAAUUAAAGCAGAACUGGGCACAAACUUUGCUUGUGAUUAUCGUGAAAAUUAACAAAAGCAAGCUAUGCACAACUAACAAGGUCAGUUAUGUAAGCUUUUUUUUUUUUUUUUUUUUUUUUUCUCGAGAAACCAAAUAGUACUUGAAUCCAUGUGUUCUGCAUCUGUGUAGAACAUCCUCUGAACAUCCAGUUUUUCUGUACUUCUUGCUCAUGAAUUUUAAAUAUUUGAGUUUCUGGAAGGUACCUCUGUCCUGCUGCCUUUUCUCUCAUCAAUAAAAACCUCACCAAACA